CCUAUUGCUGUUCGACCAAUCUGAACUUUUCACACAACUGCCAACUCUGCCGCCUUCUGCUAUUUGCCUGCUGGUACAAGGCUGAAGGGGUGGAGCUGCAACACGGAGUUGCAAAAGGGCGGGCCUAACAAGCGCUACAGCGGCGUUCCGUUUUGGCGCAGGAAGAAGGAAGGCCUGUGAACUGACAAGUGAGAAUGACAACUGUAGCAUUACAGAGGGUAUGGAAACUGUGUAAAUACAUACAAUGAAAUCUAUAGAGGCGGAGAGAUGCCUAGAAAACGUCAGCGAGUACAAAUAUUAAAUAAUGCCCCCUGUAAAAUGAUCUUGCAUGAAAGCACAGAAAAGCAUGAAACUUCUUCAUACAGUGAAGAGCAGAAGCCAAAGAUCAGCAAAUAUUUCCAAAAUCCUGGGAUUCAUCUUCUCUCUGAGUUUUAUAAUCAACCGUGUACUGAACUGGCCAAAUCCUUUCUGGGACAGGUUUUGGUCCGUAAACUUCCAGAUGGUACAGAACUUCGAGGCAGAAUUGUAGAGACAGAGUCUUAUUUGGGGGGAGAUGAUGAAGCCUCACAUUCAAGAGGAGGGAAGAGGACAGAACGCAAUGUGGCAAUGUACAUGAAGCCUGGAACCAUUUAUGUAUAUCAAAUCUAUGGGAUAUAUUUCUGUAUGAAUGUUAGCAGUCAGGGAGAUGGAGCUGCCGUUCUUUUACGGUCCCUUGAGCCAUUAGAGGGCCUUGAUAUAAUGAGAAAUUUUAGGAAUGGACGAAGAAAUGAAAAAGCAAAACCUUUGAAAGAAACAGAACUUUGUAAUGGACCCUCCAAGCUUUGCCAAGCCCUGGAUAUUAAUAAGAGUUACGACAGAAAAGACCUUACUAAUGACCAAGAUACAUGGAUAGAGGCUGGCAGCAAAAUACUUGAUGAAGACAUUGUAUCUUGUUCACGAAUUGGAAUUGGGAAUGCAGGAGAAUGGACAAAAAAGCCUUUGCGGUUUUAUAUAAAAGGAAACAAAUAUGUCAGUGUAAGGGACAAAUAUGCAGAGGCAAAUAAGACAUUCCAGAACACUAGCCCAGACUGUCAUGCAAAAAAUAAUUUCAAUACAUUAAAAUAAUUGUAAAAUUACAUGAUGUACACUAUUGUUUCUGUUUAGUUUGCAAUUGGUCUUUAUUGUUUGUCUUUUUUUAAACUUUUUGUAAUGUAUCAAUUUUAGCAUUUAAAUGAUUAUCUGUUUGCUAGAAUCACUAACUCUAACAACCUAGCACUGGUAGGUAGGAUCUGAAUAAAAAAGUAAAACAAAUGAAGAAUAAUUAUUACAAUGCGGGUAUGGUUUAAGUUAUCGGCAAACCAAUAUCCAGGAAGUGCAUCUCUCAUAGAGUCCAUUUUAAUCAAAUAAUUUAAAUAUGUAAAAUGUAUUUCUUUAAUCUUUGUAAUAAUAAAACAGUACCUUGUACUUAAUCCCAA